AUGAUUGAAAUGCAACCUGAACAAGAAACUGCCCAUGUGGUUAUAACGAAUGUCUCUAACAUGUUUGCUCCUCAAUCAUUGUCACUAGAUAAUGAUCCUAAAAUACAACGAAUUCGUAAAAUUCUUUCGAUUACAAUUGGUAUUUUAUUUGCUUUCUUUAUAGUCGGUAUGAUAAGUGCAAUAUUCGGACACGGAAUUGGUAAUGGUAUAAAAGAGACAUCGCAUGGUGCACAAGUUGGUCAAUCUCUUAUAUUAGUUUUUUUCUACACUUUUGGAUUAUUCGUCACUUAUCGAUAUUCUGCAACGGGUUUACGAGUGUUUGCUUGGUUGGAUAUAAUAUCAGUUAGUAUGCUUAUUACUGGAAUAUUAUCUGUUCUCUUUUUGGAUUUCUCACCUUCAACUACAAAGAAGUUAGCUUAUGAUCGUGAUAGAAAAGAUUUUAUCAAUGAUCAAUCAUCAUCUAUCUAUAUUGUUAUUCCUGGUGCAAUUGCUGUUGGUGCUCUUGAUAUAGUCAUUAUUAAAUAUGCCUUCCAAUUGGCCAAACUUAUUGAUAUUAAAAAAUCUUUAGCCAUUCGACAAGCUCACCGUAUUCUUUAUUCAAUAACUUAA